AUGAUCCAGAACUUCAACCAGUUCCUCCUCAACUCUUUAACACCAUCUGGUCACAAGGCUUGGAUUGAGAAAAACUUCCAGAAGCGUGACUGUAUCUACAUCAUCCCAAAUGCCAAAGACCCCCAGAGGUGCUAUUGUGGUCAGCUGGUCAAUCAGCAUGUCCCCAAGGCUCAACCUGCCCCAUCCAACCAGACAGCAGAGGAUGAGAGGCCUCUGGUUCAGGCUGAGAAAUGGUCACCCAGCAAGCACACAGAGACAGGGCCCACUGACACCUUUGGAGUGCUGGAGUUUCAGGGUGGUGCUUAUACGAACAGAGCAAUGUAUAUCCGUGUCUCCUAUGACACAAAACCAGAGCUCCUGCUCCACCUCAUGACCACAGAGUGGGAGCUUGAGCUUCCUAAGCUGCUCAUUUCGGUUCAUGGUGGUCUUCAGAACUUCGAGCUGCAGCCUAAGAUGAAGCAGGUGUUUGGAAAGGGCCUGAUCAAAGCAGCGAUGACCACAGGAGCUUGGAUAUUUACUGCUGGAGUUAAUACAGGUGUCAUCCGUCAUGUGGGCGAUGCAUUGAAAGAUCAUUCUUCCAAAUCCCGGGGAAAAAUCUGUGCGAUUGGAUUUGCUCCUUGGGGAAUUGUGGAAAACAGGAUGGAUUUAAUUGGGAAAGAUGUCACCAGACCUUAUCAAACGAUGUCAAACCCUCUGAGCAAGCUGACCGUGCUGAGCAGCACCCACUCCCACUUCAUCCUGGCUGAUAAUGGUACGCUGGGCAAGUACGGAGCGGAAGUCAGGCUCCGGCGACAGCUGGAGAAACAUGUUUCCCUGCAGAAAAUCAACACACGUCUCGGUCAGAGAGUACCAGUAGUUUGUUUGGUUGUGGAAGGUGGUCCAAAUGUGAUACCAAUGGUGUUGGAGAACCUGCAGGAAGAGCCUCCAGUGCCCGUGGUUGUCUGUGAUGGCAGCGGGAGAGCUUCUGACAUCCUAGCCUUUGCACAUAAGUACUCCGCAGAUGGAGGGAUAAUCAGUGAGUCCGUGCGAGAUCAACUCUUGGUCACUGUGCAGAAAACCUUCAAUUACAGUCGCCAGCAGGCUCAGCAACUUUUCCUGAUUGUCAUGGAGUGCAUGAAGAAGAAAGAGUUAAUCACUGUGUUUCGAAUGGGUUCGGAGGGGCAACAGGACAUCGACCUUGCAAUCUUAACAGCGUUACUGAAAGGUACAAAUGCAUCAGCCCCAGACCAGCUGAGCCUGGCUAUGGCCUGGAACAGGGUGGACAUUGCCCAUAAUCACAUCUUUGUCUUUGGGAAAUACUGGCCGCCAGUGGGCAGUAGCUCUGUAUCCGCUGCUCGGCAAUCAAGGAAGUCUGUAAAACAGCGAAUGACCAAAGGGAAAGGCAAGGGGAAGAAGAAAGGGAAGGAAGAGGUGAAGGAGGAAACUGACCCGCGGAAGCUGGAGCUGCUCAACUGGGUGCACUCGCUGGAACAAGCCAUGCUUGACGCAUUGGUCUUGGACCGGGUCGACUUUGUGAAGCUGCUGAUCGAGAAUGGAGUGAACAUCCACAACUUCCUAACUAUCCCUCGCCUCGAAGAGUUGUACAACACUAGACUUGGGCCUCCCAAUACACUGCAUUACCUGGUCAGGGAUGUGAAAAAGGGGAACCUACCCCCAGAUUACCACAUCAAUUUGAUUGACAUUGGGCUGGUCAUUGAGUACCUGAUGGGAGGAGCGUACCGCUGCGCGUACACUCGCAAAUCGUUCAGAACACUUUACAAUAACUUAUUUGGGCCAAAGCGGCCAAAAGCUCUUAAACUUCUGGGAAUGGAGGAUGAUGAACCACCCUCAAAAUCUAAGCGGAAGAAGAAAAAGAAGAAGAAGGAGGAGGAGAUUGAGAUCGAUGAGGAUGACCCUGCCAUUGGCCGGUUUGCCUUCCCCUACCACGAGCUGCUGGUGUGGGCAGUGCUGAUGAAAAGGCAGCGUAUGGCUCUCUUCUUCUGGCAGCAGGGUGAGGAGGCUCUGGCCAAAGCCCUAGUGGCCUGCAAGCUCUACAAGGCCAUGUCCAAUGAGUGUUCUGCUAGUGAGCUUGUGGAUGACAUCUCUCAGGAUCUUGAAAACAACUCCAGGGACUUUGGCCAGCUUGCCGUUGAUCUGCUGGACCAUUCCUACAAACAUGAUGAACAGGUUGCCAUGAAAUUGCUGACCUAUGAGCUGAAGAACUGGAGCGACUCCACGUGCCUGAAGCUGGCAGUAACGGCCAAACAUCGGGACUUCAUUGCACACACCUGCAGCCAGAUGCUGCUGACUGACAUGUGGAUGGGGCGACUCCACGUACGCAAAAACCCUGGCCUGAAGAUUAUGCUGGGAAUAAUAUUUCCGCCUACAAUACUUCUACUGGAUUUUAAAAGCAGUGAUGAUUUAUCCUAUGAAGCAUCCGGUGACGGCGAUCCGGGGAAGGAGAAGGAGGAGGACAAUGAUGCCAACAAUGAGGCUGUUUCCAAAAAAGGAGAUGAAGAAGAUGGAGUGGAAAAUCACCAGAGUAUCGCAAUUGGAAGGAAGAUUUAUGAGUUCUACAAUGCACCAAUUGUUAAAUUCUGGUUCCACACGAUGGCGUAUCUCGCCUACUUGCUGCUCUACAACUAUGUAAUUCUGGUGAAAAUGGACAGUUUGCCUUCAAUUCCAGAAUGGAUUCUCAUCUCAUAUAUUUUAAUGCUGGCGGUUGAGAAAAUCCGAGAGAUCUUAAUGUCAGAACCAAGUAAACUGAGGCAGAAAGUAAAGGUCUGGAUGCAGGAAUACUGGAAUGUCACUGACAUGGUGGCCAUCACCAUCUUUAGCUGUGGUGUGUUGCUGCGUUUCCAGAAUGAGCCCUACAUGAGCUAUGGACGGGUCAUCUACUGUGUGGAUAUCAUCAUCUGGUACAUCCGUGUCCUUGACAUCUUCGGUGUCAACAAAUACCUGGGGCCUUACGUCAUGAUGAUUGGCAAGAUGAUGGUGGACAUGCUGUACUUUGUUGUCAUUAUGCUGGUAGUCCUGAUGAGUUUUGGAGUAUCAAGACAGGCAAUUCUGCACCCUGACGAGGAGCCGUCCUGGAGGCUAGCACGCAACAUCUUCUACAUGCCGUAUUGGAUGAUCUACGGAGAGGUGUUUGCAGAUCAGAUAGACCUUUACGCCAUGGAAAUCAAUCCUCCAUGUGGGGAGAACCUGUUUGAUGACGAUGGGAAGCGACUCCCUCCCUGCAUCCCCGGAGCCUGGAUGAUUCCAGCCAUCAUGGCUUGCUACCUGCUGGUUGCCAACAUCCUGCUUGUCAAUCUUCUGAUAGCUGUCUUUAACAACACUUUCCUGGAGGUGAUUUCCAUCUCUAACCAAGUGUGGAAGUUCCAACGCUAUCAGCUGAUCCUAACAUUCCACGAGAGGCCAGUUUUCCCUCCGCCACUCAUUGUCUUCAGUUACCUGGCCAUGGUCAUUCGCCACUGCUGCCACAGGAAGAACCAGAAGGUGGAUGAGCGAGAUCGGGGGCUAAAACUAAUCCUCAGUGAAGACGAACUGAAGAAACUGCAUGAGUUUGAGGAGCAGUGUGUGGAACAGUACUUCAGCCAGAAGGAAAGCCUAGAGCAGUCAUCAAAUGAUGAGCGGAUUCGAAUCACAGCUGAGAGGGUGGAGAACAUGGCAAUGCGUUUGGAAGAGGUGAAUGAGAGGGAGCACUUCAUGAAAGCUUCACUCCAAACAGUGGAUAUUCGACUGGCUCAGCUGGAGGAAUACACUGGGCGCAUGGUCAGUGCAGUGGAGAAGCUGGCAGGGAUUGAUAAGGCAGAGUUGACCCAUACCCGCUCGGGGUGCCCCUCAGAAUGCGAGGCUUCUUAUCUCAUUAGACAAAACAGCACCGAGACAGCGAGCAUGUACCGCUUCCACAUGGAUGGGGAUGACUUCAACAAUGAGGAUACUGUAGGCCUGAUGUCUCCUUCCAUGGGAUCUCACAGACGGGCAUAUUCCUCCACUGUUCCGAGACAUGAGCAGGAACUUCUGGAGCAGAGAAAGAACAUGACACCAAAACACCAAUUUAGUCUUCACCAAUCAUGCAGCUCCCACAGGACAGAGGAAAUCGGCCAAAGGCUGGGAAUCAGUCGUGACCCCAGGAAUUUCAGUUCCUGUGCAGAUAUCUUUGUAGCUUCAACUGAUGGCCGGGGCAGUCCACUGAAGGCUAAAGAGAGAACUGGCUAUCAAAAGUUCCUGCCUUCUCCACAUGCUGGGCUUGGAAGAGCUGUAACCGAAUCUGUGUCAGUGGCACGAACAAAGUUGGAAACGUGUUUCUCCUUUCCUUUGGAGAGAUCCAAGGCAGUGAGCUGCUUUCUCCCACAGACUUAUGACUCGUGCCAUUCAGCAAUGGUGAAGUGCAGAAGUGUUAUAUUUGGCCCAGAAGCAGAUAACAAGGUGCUGUAA